CGACCAAUCGGAGCUCUUGUUCUAUUGCUCCACUAUUUUUUAUAUCAAAGUCCACCUUUCAUUUCACGCACGUUUUCAAUUGAAAGCGGAUCGCGUCAUUUUCUCUUGAACAAUUCUUCUUGGACGGGGCAGGCACCCGGCCAAUAGCAAUUAGCAAGGCCCUUUUCUCUUUCUAUCUGCAUAUGCGACCUAAUACAUUUUCCAGAUCGGAAUUGCGCUACAGUAUCUCUUGCAAGUCUUUCAGGAAUCCUUCUGUUAGUUUUUCAGGUAGACUUGGAGUUAGUAAUGGCAAGUUCAGAUCUUGAUUCUGAAAUAUUUGUGAAGCAGUUUUACAUCCCUGAUUAUAUAUUUGUGCCGAACUCCACGGCCAAUUGUCCGCCUAAUAUACCUGAAUGCCCUGUUCUGGUAUUCAUCAAUUCUAAAAGUGGUGGUCAAUUAGGCGGAGAUCUUCUAAUCACUUACCGUUCAAUACUGAACAAAAACCAGGUUUUUGAUUUAGGAGAAGAAGCUCCUGAUAAUGUGUUACGUAAGCUUUAUCUCAAUCUGGAAACGCUCAAGGUUAAUGGGGAUAAACUGGCUACUGAACUCGAGGAGAACUUGAAAAUAAUUGUUGCAGGUGGAGAUGGCACGGCUGGCUGGCUUCUUGGGGUCGUUUCUGAUCUCAAAUUGUCUCAGCCCCCACCUAUUGCUACAGUGCCUCUUGGAACUGGAAAUAAUCUUCCCUUUGCAUUUGGCUGGGGAAAGAAAAAUCCAGGAACUGAUCUUAAUUCUGUUCUCUCAUUUUUGGAUAAAGUACAGAAAGCAAAAGAAAUGAAGAUAGAUAGCUGGCACAUUCUCAUGAGGAUGAAAGUGCCAAAAGACGGUUCUUGUGAUCCAAUUGCCCCAGUGGAGUUGCCCCAUUCAUUGCAUGCAUUUCAUCGGGUAUCUUCAACAGAUGAUCUCAAUGUGGAAGGUACAGUCACAUUCCGUGGAGGAUUUUGGAAUUACUUCAGCAUGGGGAUGGAUGCACAAGUGUCUUACGCGUUCCAUUCUGAGCGAAAGCUGCAUCCAGAAAAAUUCAAGAACCAGCUGGUUAAUCAGAGUACAUAUGCGAAGCUUGGAUGCACGCAAGGAUGGUUCUUUGCUCCUCUUGCUCACCCUUCUUCAAAGAAUAUAGCUCAACUUGCCAAGGUCAAGAUCAUGAAAAGACGUGGUGAUUGGCAAGAUCUCCUUAUUCCCCACAGCAUCAGGUCCAUUGUAUGUCUUAAUUUACCUAGCUUCUCUGGUGGACUAAAUCCUUGGGGAACACCGAAUAUAAAUAAAAGACGUGACAGAGACUUGACGCCACCUCUUGUCGAUGAUGGCCUUCUAGAGAUUGUUGGUUUUAAAAAUGCUUGGCAUGGACUGGUUUUGCUUGCUCCUAGUGGUCAUGGGACACGUCUUGCACAGGCACAUAGAAUACGUUUUGAGUUUCACAAGGGUGCGGUUGAUCACACCUUCAUGAGGGUUGAUGGUGAACCAUGGAAACAACCGCUUCCUGUGGAUGAUGACACGGUUGUUGUAGAGAUCUCUCAUCUCCGCCAAGUGAAGAUGCUUGCUACCCACGACUGCAGAUCCAAAAGUGUUCACGACCCCACAUCCCACAACAUUCAGGACGCAGAUGAAAGGGAUAGCGACAAUGAAGACGAAUCUGUAGGGGAAGAAUGGAGAAAAUUCGGGGCAGCAGAUACAUUCAAGAUUCCCGACGAGGUUGACAUUUCUCGUUUCAGUUGAAUUAUUGCAUGUAUUUCUUAUUGAAGUUACUAAAAAUAACUGAACUUCAACACCUAGCAGUUGAUAUUCUAUAUCCUAUUUCGUAGCUUGUUUCACCGAAACCACAGGGUUAAUUCGUCUGUUGAUUAUGAACAUUUGUGUUAGGCAACAUUAAGGGCUUGAUGAAUUGUAGUGUUUGAAUUAUCUUGUGGCUAUCUGGAAUAGACAAUUGUAAGUUGUAUGUAGAACAUUUGAAAGGUUCCUAUUGUUGCUUA